AUGACAUGUAUCAAAAACUGCUGGAAUGAGAAGGAACCACAGCUGCCAUCGGUGCAGGAAGACUUUCACAUCGCGGCCUGUCCUGGUGAAAACACCAUUUUAUGUGAGCUAGUGGAAGACGUAAAGAAAGCAGGACUUCCAGCUACUUCAUCUGAUCAUGCCUAUGCUGGACCUGGAGAUGUGGCCUGUGAUUUCUGUUCUGGGAGAAAGCGGAAAGCCUCCAAGUCCUGCCUGGUGUGUAUGGCCUCUUAUUGUGAGCAUCACCUUCAGCCUCACUACAACGUAGCUCCAUUUAAGAAACACAAGCUGAUUAAUGACGCUUCAAAACUUCAGGAGAACAUCUGCCCUCACCAUGAUGAGGUGAUGAAGAUCUUCUGCCGCACUGAUCAGCAGUGUAUCUGUUAUCUUUGUUUAAUGGAUGAACACAAAGACCAUGAGACAGUGUCAGCUGCAGCGGAAAGAGCUGAGAGGCAGAAAGGGAUUGAAACAAAUAGACAAAGUGUCCAACAGAGAAUCCAGAACAGAGAGAAAGAUGUGAAGGUGCUUCAAGAGGAGGUGAAGGCUAUCAAUCUUUCUACUGAUAAAGCUUUGAGGCAAUCUGAGAAGAUGUUCAAAGACUUGAUCAGUCUUGUUCAGAGAAAAAGCUCUGAGGUGAAGCAGAAGAUCAGAUCCAAGCAAAAAGCUGAACAGAAAAGAGUCAAAGAGCUUCAGGAGAAAAUAGAGCAGGAGAUCAGAGAUCUGAGGAGGAGAGACACUGAACUGCAGCAGCUCUCACUGACUGAGGAUCACCUCCAUUUUCUGAAAAACUACUCCUCACUGUCACAUCUGAGUGCAUCUACAAACGUACCCACUACAACAAUGUUACUCUGCAGUACUUUGAGGAUGUGA